GGUCAAGUAUACCCUCUUAUAUUCAACAUGGCAGAACCAGAACCAGAAGCAUCCACCUCAGGUGGAGAAACUUUCACGUCAAUAUCACCUCCUCUUGACUUUCGUCUUCUACGCGCCCUUGCUGAUCUUUCCUUCCUUCGACCAACUCCAAUUCAAGCCCGCGCAAUACCCCUCGCUCUUGAAGGACGAGACAUUCUUGCCCGCGCACGCACAGGAUCGGGAAAAACAGCCGCUUACUGCCUUCCAGUAACUCAGAGAAUACUACAAGCGAGGAACGCAGGUGGGAGGCACGCAACUAGGGGCUUGAUUUUGGUGCCCACAAGGGAAUUGGCGGAGCAGGUCAAAAAGUUCUUGGAUGGGGCGCUGAAGUAUUGUCAAAAUGAAGUCAUGGUAUCCAAUAUUGCUGCUGGGGCGCAGUUAUCAAAAACGCUUCUCACGGAGAUUCCUGAUAUUGUCAUCUCCACGCCCUCUAAAGUCCUCUCCGCCCUUUCAAGCAAAUACCUUACUCUUGCCUCGGUCGAGUCUCUUGUCAUCGACGAGGCUGAUCUAAUUCUCUCAUACGGGCAUGACGCAGAUGUCCGCAAACUGCUUCAGGGAGACUACUUGCCCAAUAUUUAUCAAAGCUUCCUGAUGAGCGCAACGAUGACAGAGGAUGUCGAACAACUGAGAGGGAUGGUAUUGCGCAAUCCCGCAAUUCUCCGGCUGGAAGACACAGAUGUCGCAAGGUCACUUUCCCAGUACAGUGUCCACUGCUCGGAAGAAGACAAGUUUCUUCUCCUUUACGUGAUCCUUAAACUACGCCUCAUACGAGGCAAAUGCAUCAUAUUCGUCAACUCACCGGACCGGUGCUACCGAUUGAAACUAUUCCUCGAGCAGUUUUCAAUACGGGCGUGUGUGCUCGACGCGGAGCUCCCGUUGAACUCAAGAUUUCAUAUCGUACAGGAGUUCAACAGCGGGCUCUACGACUAUGUGGUGGCGACGGACGAGAGUGGCGUAGCAGCUGAAGGAGAGGAGGCAGACCAGACCAAAAAAGAAGAUACGGUGAUUGUGGAGGAGCAAACCACGGAGAUAUCAACCCAACCAGAUGAAGACGCGAUUAUUGAGAGCAGUACCGGCGAUUCUCUCAAGCGUAAGCGCUCGCCGGAACCUGCGUCGCAAAACAAAAAGAAGCGUAAAUCCAGAGUGCGCACCGACAAAGAAUAUGGUGUUUCGCGCGGGAUUGAUUUUGUCGAUGUUUCGUGUGUCAUCAACUUCGACCUUCCUCCUACGUCUCGCGCGUAUACACAUAGGAUCGGACGCACUGCGCGUGCGGGAAAAACGGGCAUCGCCAUUUCCUUCAUUGUGCUGUUCGCUCACUGGGGAAAGAAUAAGAUCAUCAGCCUGCCUGGAGCGAAAGAAGACGAAAACGUGUUUGACAGGAUUCUGAAGGAUCAGAGUAAUCGUGGUGGAAUCAAAGAGUGGACGUUUGAGGAAAAGCAGGUCGAGGCUUUCAGAUACCGUGCUGGAGAUGCGAUGCGUGCCGUGACACGGGCUGCGGUCAGGGAAGCGAGGAUCAAGGAGGUCAAGGAGGAAAUUCUGAAGUCAGAAAAGUUGAAGGCGCAUUUCGAGGACAAUCCACUUGACUUGGCAUACCUCAGACACGACAAACCCUUACACCCGCAGCGCAUUCAGUCUCACAUGAAGCAUAUCCCUUCAUAUCUCAUUCCGCGCAUCGCCGCAGUUGACACCAAUGUAGUGGGCGAGGAAAUUUCACAAGAUAAAUUGGGGUUCGUCCCAUUCAACAAGGAUAAUGGAAGAAACCGAGGAAAGAGCCGGGGGCGAGGCGGACGAGGAGGAAGAGGUGGACGCGGAAGUGGACGGAAGAAGGACCCUCUGAAGAUGUUUAGAUCGUAA